AUGACGGACGAAAGUUUAGCACCUGUUCACCGAAAUCGAAGGAGAUUGCCUCGGAAACAGCGUCAGCAUGAAUCUGCCGGUACGGCCAAACGACAGCUGGUCAAGAGGAGCCCACCGUCGUCUUCUGGUGGAACCGACUUUAGAAUCUUUUCACGCAACACUUUCACUCGAAAUGGAAGUAAGCUCAACAAAGUGAUUAGGACAGCAAAAAGAAACAUCUGUUUUUGGCCAUUAAGGUUUGAUGAACUUUAUCUCUUCCUUUCUACAUUUAAGUUAUAA